AUGGGAGCAUUUGGAGUGAUACUAGGGAUUUCACAUUAUGUGGGACUUUAUAUCCAACUAAGCGCCGCUUUCCAACCCGGAGCAAACAUCGAGGUGGACAACCACAUCUCUGGCAACGCUCUGUUCACCGAGGUACCCCAUGACAUAGUAACACAGAGUGGGCAGGAUGUUGAGAUGGCCUGCUCCUUCAGGGGGGCCGGCUCUCCCUCCGUCUCCUUGGAGAUCCAGUGGUGGUACAUCCGUAACCACAGGGAGUGGGCGGAGAAACCUGCCUGGACAACCAACCAGGUGGUUCCAGGAGAGGAAAGGACAAAAGAUGCCACAAAAAUAAGUGUCGUGAAGGUCGCCGGCAGUAACAUCUCUCAUAAGCUGCGUCUAUCCAGUGUGAAGCCUUCUGACGAGGGGACCUACGAGUGUAGAGUUAUCGACUUCAGUGACAGCCACGCCCAGCACCACAGGGUCCAUGCCUUCCUGCAGGUACAGCCUCCUGGUGAAGGGAUCGCCCACCUGAGCCAGGAUGCACAACUGCACAAGGGGGACCAUCAACAGCUGCAUGAGGGGGACCAGCUCCAUAAAGCAGACCAGAAGCUGGGUCGUGGGAACCAUCAGCUCCAUAAUGAAGAUCAUCAGCUUAGUGAAGGUGAUCGACUUAAUUAUGGGGAACAGAAUCAGCAUCGCGGGGACCAUCACCUGCACAGAGGAGACUACCAGAAGAUCCAUCAGGGGGAACAGAAUCCUGAGGGAAACCAAAAGCUGUAUGAGGAGGACCACCAUCAGCUGCAUGAGGGGGACCACCAUCAGCUACACGAGGGGGACCAUCAGCUUCACAAGCAGACAGAGGAGCACAAGAAACGGCCAGCACACAUCCACCAAUCAGAGGACAAAGACCUCAAGAGACUCCCCACAGAGAAACACACUGACUGCACUGCUAAUGACUGUGUUCUCUAG